AUGGCCACGCGACUCAGCCCCCGAAAUUCGGAGGUGAACGCUCUUGAGCAGCGGGGCUAUCUGAUUGGCAAAAAGAUCGGACAGGGUUCGUACGCUACCGUGCACCUGGCCGAGUACGUCGACGGGACGAGCUCGAAGAAACUGCGGCUAGCCUGUAAGAUAUUCGACAAGGAGCAAGCGCCCAGCGAUUUCCUCAACAAGUUCUUCCCCCGCGAACUCGAGAUCCUUACGAAAAUCGAAAAUCCCCAUAUCAUUCAAGUGCACAGUAUACUGCAACGAGGCCCGAGAGUCUUCAUCUUCAUGCGCUACGCCGACAACGGCGACCUGUUGGACUUCGUGCAGAGGAAUGGCGUCGUGCCAGAGCAACAGUCCAAGCUUUGGUUCAGGCAGAUGGCUUCCGGCCUCCACUACCUACACGGGAAGAACAUUGCCCAUCGCGACCUCAAGUGCGAGAACAUCCUGCUCUCUAGAAAAUUCAACGUGAAGCUGGCUGACUUCGGUUUCGCGAGGUUCUGCGUCGACCACGAUGGCAGACGCGUCCUCAGCGAGACUUACUGUGGCUCAGCGGCGUACGCUGCACCGGAAGUUGUGUCAGGGACCCCAUACAACCCGAAACUAGCGGACGUUUGGUCCCUGGGGAUCAUACUCUUCAUCAUGCUGAACGCAUCGAUGCCUUUCGACGAUAAGAACUUGAAGAAGCUACUGAAGGACCAGAUGUCGAGGAACUGGAUGUUCAGGUCGCGAGUACGAGGCACGGUGUCUGCGUUGGCGAAGAGCAUCGUCAAGCAUAUCCUAGAACCGGAUAUUACGCUGAGACUGACUCUAGAAAGGGUCCUCAGCCACGAGUGGGUACGCACCAAGAAGGACAAGCCCGGAACUCUUGCUGGCAGACUCGUCCAUUCAGCGCCACCUAUUCAUCCGCAGGUGUGUGGAGGCAGUGGGAACAUGGUUGGAGCGGGGGCGGCGACCGGUGGUUGCAACGUGCCCAUGGUUAUGAGAGGACUGCCGUCGUUCAAGAAUUCUGAGAGUCAAAAUCAAGGUAGUGGCGCAAAGUCCGUGGAUAAUUCGGGUAAAAACUCCAAGCUGUGCGCCGUCGAGUGAAAGGAAGCCCACCCGACAGGGAUGAACCAGCAUCGUUCGCGUGUCGCGGCGUCGUCGAGGUGCCCAGAUGUCUGCGCACCGUUCG